CUAUUCUGGCACGGCCCGGGUGGGACUGUCCCCACGGCCACCCGUUUAUUUCUCUGCAGCCAAAAGCACAUAUGUGUGAUUCAUGUAGAGCGCUGUAGGGCCAUUGUUUGUGACGGCUAACUUCAGUCUCUUCUCUGGGAGAGAGAAGACAGCUCCAGCAUGGAGAAUCGAUUGCUUCAGCAGCCCCGAGGUGACGGCGUCUACAUGUUCGUGCGGUUUCCCACAGACAACGGAACGUCAGUUGGAGUCGUGGCGCAGACGGUGGUGUUGGCGAGGCGAGCGAUUCACAACAUCCGAGGUCGCUUCGUUGGCAUUGCGCGCAAGAUCUGGGAUAUGUCACCGACUGCGCAGAUGGAGGAGGCUGUGGUGGUCUUCUGGUUCGAGAACAUUCAGGAUGCCAAAACUUUCUUCGUCAGCGACAACCGCAUGAAGCAGCCGGACUUCCCCGCCCCUGCCGGCCACUGCGAGGCCUGGGCCGUGGUGCGCUUCUACACCCCGCCCAACGAACUGGCCUACAGCACCUUCAUGAUAUCGGAGGCGCAGCUGGUACGUGGCACGGACUACGUGACGUACAAGGAGCACUUCGCCCGUCGCUUUGCGCAGCUGCUGCUGGAGCACGACGCGCAGCCCUUCGUCGUUCAGUCCGUCGGCGCCGAGUUCCUGCGGCGAUACUUCGUGCCCUACGACACCAUCGUCACCGUGCACCUGUUCAAGGACCCGGCACACCUGGCCGAGGUCAUGCGAGACCCUCGUUGGAGCGACCUACGCGAUACCCAGCACACCAUGGCCAAUGAGCGGUGCUCAGUCUUCACCAUCGACCCCCGGGCCUGCCCCUGAGGGGCAAAGGUCAGCGACUGACUGGAUACCCGGAUUGGACUCGUUCUCCACUAUAUGUGUGAGCAGAUCUCCGAUGGAGUAGCCACACAUUUCAGGAACCUUCACAAGUCGAAGGGUGUUGUUAUUUAUCGACAGAUACAUCACUGGACAUGUUCUUGUAUUAUUGUAAUUGAUGUCAUUUUAUUAUAUCGCUGAACUCUAUGGUAGCCACGGUAGUCACUUCCUGUCUUUGCUGAGGUGGACGACAUCCCAGCCUGGCUGUACUACAAGUUUACAAACACCCUUUUGUAAUAUAUACGCAAGUAGACUAAUUUGUUAUUUAAACAGAAUCAUUGGAAAAUAAAAUAUAUAUGAAUCAGC